AUGGCGCGCUUGCGCCAUGACUGGCCGCGGAAGGCCCUGGCCCUGGCAGCGGCCUGCGUGCUCGUCGCUGCCGCGCUCGCGGCGCCGACGGGCGCGCCCGCAGCGCCGCGCCGGCGCCUGCAGGCGGCCGCAGUGUCGCCGGGCGCGAGCGGCAGCAACGCCCCCGGCGCCUUCACCGGCGGCCCCAGCCUGACAAUGCAGCACUCAGGCGCGGCCCUCGACAACCCCAUGAUGGAGCCAGUGGACGUCGAUGCCGUGGCGCAGCAGCAGAGCGGCAGCGGAAGCUCCCUGAACCUAAACCUAGCGCGGUCCCUCACCAACGACAUGAUGUUCGCCGUCAAGUACGGCAACCAUGGCCAGGUUACCCAGGCGCCCAAGACGGGCCGCCGCCUGGCGGAGUCGUCCCUGGACGGCGAGCAGCUGCCCGAGGGCGCGCACGAGAUCGCAGAGCUCGACCCCAGCACAUUCGACCUGAGCCCCGAGCUGGCGGCCAAGCAGGCGGCGGAGCAGCAGGCGCUCGAGGCGCAGCUGUUCAGCAGGCUCGCGGCGCGGGCCAAGGGCGACGUCACCGCCGUGGAGGGGGAGAUGGUCAGAGCUGCUAGCGUUGCUGCCGCUGCUGCACCGGGCGGCUCGCCGGCGGAGGGGGGCGGUGCAAACCCAGGCGCGCCCGCAGCCAAGAAGCACCGGAAGUCUCCCGUCCUGCCCACCUCUCCGGCGAACAAGGGAAGCUACAACGGCCGCCCACUGUAUGGCGUCACAUACUCCUGGCGCAGGGCGGAGGAGUGCGACGCGGGGGCGGGCGUGUGCCAGUGCCCCACCCCGGACGAGCUGGAGGAGGACCUGGACCUGAUUCAUAAGUACGCGACGCGCUUCCGCACCUACAGCGUCGAGUGCCCCGACGUGAUGCGCAUGCUGCUGCACUUCUCGACCGUCAGCCCCGAGUUCAAGUGGGCCAUCGGCCUGUGGGUCGGCCGCGACGAGGCCGCCGUCAGGCGCCAGAUCACCCUGCUGGGGCAGCUGCUCGAGGGCUUUCCCAACGCCAACGUGUACGCGAUCGUGGUUGGCAGCGAGGCCGUGUCGCGCGGGGACGCGACAGAGGUGCAGCUCAUCUCAUACAUUAAGGCGGUCCGCUCCGAGCUCGCCGCCGCGGCCGCGCGCGCGGGGACGCCGGGGCCGGGCGCGGCGCUGACGGGGGUCCCCGUGAUGACGGCCGAGGUGCCGUGGGCGUGGACGCCGCGGCUGGCGGCGGCGGUGGACAUUGUUGGGGCCAACAUACACCCGUUCUACGGAGGGAAGCUGGACACCACUUCCAAACGGUGGACCAAGGUGGCCGUCGGCAGCGCGCUGCAGCACUACUCGUCGCUCGCCACCCGCCUGCGCCCGAAGCCGGUCGUGGUGACGGAGGUCGGGUGGCCGAGCGCCAGCGGGCCGGCCGACGUCAACGGCGGCGCGCCCGCAGCCGCGGCCGAGUUCGCGCGGGCGUGGGUCAAGGCCGCCCAGUCCAAGAGCGUUCCCUACUUCUACCACGAACUCACAGACUCGGCCUGGAAGACCAAGCUGCGCCUGGGCGCCGGUCCUGGCGGCGGCGGCGGCGGCGGCGGCGCGGGCGGCGGCAGCGCCGACGGGGCCGGCGCGGCGGAUGGCGGCGCUGGGGGAGUGCUGGCGGACGAGCACUUUGGGCUGGUGGGGGCCGACAGGCUCAGGGACAAGGGGCUGCUGCUGUCGCUGCAGGCGGAGUGA